GGUCAAUGGUGCCAUUUUUUUCUGACUCAGUGGUGUUUCCUGAUGUCAUGCUGCUCACGAGUAGGAGGCUGAGCUUUUUUUGAGGAGGUUGAGUGCGAACUAAAACGGUGGAAAAGAUUCAGGAAAGGAACUUAAAAUCAUACGGGGUGGAAACAUUUUCUCCUGUAGGAUUUAUUGUUUAUUUCUGUACAGUGGGGAAUUGACAUCAAGGUGUCUGCAUCGUCUUUAAAGAAAGGCUACACUUUUUCCAGCCAUGGAAACACUACAGAAGAUAAGGGACAGUUCUUGUGAAAUUAGCGUUGAUGUCAGAUUUAUGAAACGAAUAGUUUGGCGAAACUUGGAUUAAUUGGUCUCUGGGCGGUUCCAUUGGCGAUACCACAAGGCGAUGCCUCCCCAGGGCGAUGGAGAAUAUAAACCUGUAGCAGUGUCGGCGGCGGUCCCACCGGUUCCCCCUCGGAGGGUUCGGAGCAGAGAGUCGUGUUCGGGCUCCAAGUGUCGUUCCGGUGGCGUAGAGCGCAAAGUGAAGUGUGUGCUUGUCGGUGACGGGGCAGUUGGGAAAACGAGCUUGAUUGUCAGCUACACCACAAAUGGAUAUCCAACUGAAUAUGUCCCAACUGCUUUUGAUAAUUUUGCAGGUAACUUGACAAAUAUGUCCCUUUAUAAAUCGGCUAUUAGGACUUAUUAUGGUAUUUUUGGGCUAUGCAAGUUCUCGUUUUUAUCGGGCGUUAACGGCACAUUUAUGUGAAUUCAUGAGUAGCCUACACUGAGUGUACAAAACAUUAGGAACACCUUCCUAAUAUUGAGUUGCACCGAGUUUUGCCCUCAGAACAGCGUUCCACAGGGAUGCUGGCCCAUGUUGACUCCAAUGCUUCCCACAGUUGUGUCAAGUUGGCUGGAUGUCCUUCUGGUGGUAGACCAUUCUUAUACACACAAAAAUAGUUGAGCGUGAAAAACCCAGCAGCAACUUGCAGUUCUUGACACACUCAAACCGGUGCGCCUGGCACAUACUACCAUACCCAGUUAAAAGGCACUUAAAUAUUUUGUCCUUCUCAUUCAUCCUCUGAAUGGCAAACAUAUACAAUGUCUCAAGGCUUAAAAAUCCUUCUUUAACCUGUCUCCUCCUCUUCAUCUACACUGAUUGAAGUGGGUUUAACAGGUGACAUCAAUAAGGGAUCAUAGCUUUCACCCGGAUUCACCUGGUCAGUCUUUCAUUGAAAGAGAAGGUGUUCCUAAUAUUUUGUACACUCAGUGUAUAUUUUGAACUCAGACUGACAAAACAUUACUAUUCAGCUUUAGUAAAAAUAUUGCCUACUGUCUGCAACACAUUGGCAACAGGAAGACUAUGGUAAUUGUUAUACUCAAUAUUUUUGUCCAUAAUGACACUAUUCUGUCUGUAACAGUAUAUAAUGGCAUUUUGGUUACUAAUUUCUCCUUUGUUAUAUUGGCUGAUUAAAUGUAUAAUUGUUGUUUUUUCAGCGGUCGUUGCAGUUGAUGGCAAGCCAGUAAAACUGCAGCUUUGUGACACAGCUGGCCAGGUUUGUAAUUGAAAUACACCUGUAUGACAGUUUGAUAUGAUCUCUACUAUCCUGGAAGUGUGAAGGAUUGGUUAAAAACAAACAAGUUGGCCAUUUUGCUGUUCCUAGAAUUUCUCCAACUUGUUCUAAGCCCUAUGCAUUACUAGGCUAGUAGAUGUACAGAAUAGGGUCAAAUGGUCUACUACAUUUACAUUACAUUUUAGAUUUUAGUCAUUUAGCAGACGCUCUUAUCCAGAGCGACUUACAGUUAGUGAGUGCAUACAUUAUUAUUAUUAUUAUUAUUAUUAUAAUUUUUUUUUUUUCAUACCCCCCCCCGUGGGAAUGUAGGGGAGUGAAGUGAUCUGUUUAAAUGUAUGUGCUCCAGCAGGGUUUUUGUCCAGUCGUGAGUCUGCACUAAAAAUGAGGUUACUCAGAUAAAUGCUGUCUCCCCCUCAUGGGAGGGGGUAACCGGCUUGGGGGGAUUACAGAUAGGAAACCUUAUAAUUGUAAUGAAUUGAAUUUGAGCCUGGAAAGGAAACGUAAGCUUCGGCACAGCUGGGGCUGGUCAGAGGAAAUGCGAGAUGGGUCUGUUUCUGAGGAGUAGAGCAGGCUGGAGAGAGUCAACAGUGGAAAACAGACCAAGAGAGAUCCAGAGCGGUUCUGUCUAGACACAGAGAGAGAGAGAGUCCCUGGCUGGAGCUCUGGGUUCAUAGGGUUCUGCUUCGUGUCUUUGCAGAGAGGCUCUGAGAGGAUGGGCUUUUCAUUAGACACCAAGACAAUGCAAGCAAUAUAGUAGUUAUAACUUAGUUAGGGCUAUUACAUAGUUAAACUUAGCUUACAUUGAAAAAUGCGCUUGCAUACCAUGAAUAAUUUGCUUUCAUGUAACAGCCCAAAAUAAUUGUGAAAGCACAUGCCCCAUCUAGCCCCCCCCCCAACCCCCCCCACCAACUCCAUGAUGUGCUGCAAAUGUGAGAUAAUGGUUGAGCCGAUUAAUCCAAAUAAUAUUAAUUAGCUUUUCAAAGCUCAAUGUCACCAGCUCCCCUGGGCGUAAUGGAGUCCAUGUAUUUAGCAUACUAAGCAUGCAGAAGACUGCCUGAAUACCAACCACAGGGUCCCUCACUGUUAAUGUUGUUGACCUCAUUGGGUUCCUGAUACCUGUAAUUAACUCCCAGCCAAUCAAAAAUGACCUGGAGACCCUUUGCUGCUACCUUCUGAGGAUGGAAAUUAUUAAAAUUAAAAAACUAUUAAAAUCUCUUCCAGGAAGCAAUGGGUACACACAAGCUGGGUGUAUCAGAGAAACGGAUGAAAGAGAGAGAGAGCGUGGAACGCACGCUUUGGCAAUAAACAGCUAAAUAUAAUCUCAGUGGAAUGCCAUGGUUAUCUUUCCUCCAGUUGAAAUCACAGUAGAACUAGAUGUUUUGGAGAUAUGCAAAUGUAAUCUGAAUGUUGCGUAAUAAGUUUGCCAGAUAAAAGGACUAAACACACAUUAGUGAAGAUAAGCACCCAUAUUGGCCUCAGUGCAAUGGCCCAUGGGUUAAAUGCUUACUGCUGUAAAUCCCCUGCAAAGCUGAGCUGCCACUAAUACAUGAUAUAAAUGAUGUCACUGCUCCACUCAGGGGCUCAUUAGCUGGUGAAAAUUACAUGGCCCUAUACUUAUACUUACAGAGUUUGGCAGCAGGGUAGUGGUUGGCUGUGCCAACUGCAAAUCAUAAACGUUUUGCUCCUCUACCCUCUCAACAGCCUCAUCACACUUUGUCUCUUUCACAUAAUUUACCUCCAUGAUCUUCAUCACAAAUUCCUUUUGGUAGUCAGACAAAGUGUGGACUAUGGGGCAUGUAAUUAUUUGCAUCUAUAAUAGACAUGUUCUAGCAAUUUAACAUUUCUCGCUCUCUUCUCCAAUUUAGCUAUUGGCAUUUUUUUUAAUUUAGCAUUCAAGAUAUGCUGGUCGGAAUAAACAGUGCCUUCAACAAUACAUUACGCAAUGGCAUGUCAGUCACCAACAUUGGAGGAGAUUAAAAUCAACUGUAGGCUACGCUGAAAGUGUUGUCCCUAAUCAGAAACACUAUGGCAUGUAACCAGAACACUUUGUCACUCUAACAGAAACUGAUAGAGGUGUCAUGUGUUGUCAGGCUAUGGACACGGAUUGUGUGUUCCUGCCUGCCAGAGACACUACGUCAUGAGGCAGAGGCGCCACUAGUUACAGCCAUGCACAUGUUAGCCAAUGAGGGCAGGAUUUUCCUUCUCUUAGUUAUGGCUAUGCCCUUUCCAUCCCUGCACUCAAAGACCUUUUCACAAGGAGGAAUAUUGUGUUGAGCAUGGCCAUUCUUGGUUCUACUAGUCGUGUCAUGAACCCCCUUCUCCUCUCCUCUCCUCUCCUCUCCUCUCCUCUCCUCUCCUCUCCUCUCCUCUCCUCUCCUCUCCUCUCCUCUCCUCUCCUCUCCUCUCCUCUCCUCUCCUCAUCUCCCUGCAGGAUGAGUUUGACAAACUGCGUCCGCUCUGCUACACCAACGCAGACAUCUUCCUGCUGUGCUUUAGCGUCGUCAGCCCCUCUUCUUUCCAGAAUGUGACAGAGAAAUGGGUGCCGGAGAUUCGCCGGCACUGCCCGCAGGCGCCGGUGGUUCUGGUGGGCACCCAGUCAGACCUGCGGGAGGACGUCAAGGUUCUGAUCGAGCUGGCCAAGUACAAAGAGAGGCCAGUGGAGCCCCAGGAGGCCCAGCAGUGUGCCGAGGACAUGAGGGCUGUGUCAUACAUGGAGUGCUCCUCACUCACCCAGAAGAAUCUCAAAGAGGUGUUUGACGCAGCCAUCGUGGCCAGCAUCCAGCACUCUGACAGUCGGCAGCAGCAUCGACUGAAAAAACGGACUCCAGACAAGAUGAAGAAGCUUUCUAGGUCGUGGUGGAAGAAGUACUGUUGUGUGGCCUAGCCUCUGUCUGACACGUGGGUGCCAAUUUUGUUUCCAUGUCAGCACGCUAAAAGACUUCAGGGGCAGUAAGGAAAACAGCCACCGGAAUAUGGGCGAAGGUCUGGUCUGGAGUAUCUGAGAUAUGUGAAGGUUAGGCCUCAAUGACCCCAUGCUAUUUUUGCUUUACCAACGUGAGCUGCAAUGGAGACAGAGCUAACUUCCCUCGAAGUGCGGUUUGAUAAGACAACUCAUUGACUUCCCCUAUCUUAUAUCCAUGAUCCUGAAGGACACACAGCUUCCGAUAGACAACUGUGAAAGAUCAAACCCUCUUGAUAACUAGGAGGGUCUAUGUUGUUAUAUUGUUGUUUUAUUGACAUGGUUUACUCUGACCUUUCCCAUGGUAAGUGUAUGUAAACUCAGAUUAAUUUAGCAUAUGACAUUGAGUCAACUUCCCGACGUGGGAUUUACCAUCCCUUUGAUUUAGUAGUCCCUAUGUUAAAAGAAAAAUGCAUUGCCGUAAUCAGAUAAUUCGAGGAAAGUACUGUGUAACAUUCAUUGUUUUCAUUCUUGUUCUUUCAGCCCAUAUUUGAGAGCCUUGUUUAGCUUGUUGUCUAAUGUACAAACCGCUCAGAAACACUGAAAAAUGGAGCCCUGCCUAUGUUUUUCGAAUUUCUAACUGGUAUUUACAUUAGGACAUGGGUUCUGUCCAAGCUCACAUGAGGGUCACAGUCUCUAGCUAUGUGCUGGAAUUCUAACUGGACCUGUUGAGCUUUGGUUCACUUGACCAUAACACCACCUGAGGAGUCGUAAACAAACACUGUCAUGGCAACUGUUUGAUUUAUGUGUCGGAAGGUAUGUUUUGGUCUACCAUGAGGAGGGGACAAAUUGUGUUUUUUAAUGUUUAUUCUAGGAGUUUAAAAGUGGAAGAGCAAUAUUUUAUUUUAAAUUACAUACAGUAUGUCAACCCAUACAACUUGUUUAUCUGUCAGUCGUUUACCAUCCAUGUUGUACACAACAACACAAUAUAUGUGAGUCAACAUUUCUUUGUUGUUAAAUUCUUGGAAGUCUUUUGAACUUUUACCAUUCAAGAGUCACACAAAUUAUGUACUAAUACUCUUCUGGGUUGUUUCUUAGUUUUUAAGUGCAUUGUUAAGCAUUAUAUUAUAGCAAUGAAUGAUUAUUAUUCUCUCCAAAAAUGUCAACAUAUUUCAAAGCAAUAUAUCUUAACUGUGAAUCAUGAAUUAUAUGUAUAUUCACUGUAAUCUUUUUUUACUGUAUGAAUGCCCAACUGAGAACUGUACAGCAACCAGACGUGUAGACUAUAGUGCAUAAUGAAUUGUAUAUGAAGAGGCAGUUUGGACAUAUAGAUUACACUGCCUAAAGAACAGGUCUAAUGGACAACACAUUUAGUGUGUACACAGUAUCCCUGUUGUUAUCAGUUUACUGCCCAUCCCACUAUUCUGCACAGUUUCCAUUACUCUGGGGCUUUACAAUGUCUGCUGUGGUAUCAUGUUUGAUUUAAAUCAUGAUAGCAAAAAUAUUAUAUCUGAUUGAAUGGGCCUAAUGGCCUAUGUAAUGCUCUUUUUGUUUGGGCAUGUGUGCAUUGGAAUCAUGAUAGCAUGUAGAAGCCGAGCUGUGCUUAGUGAAGGGUUAAAUAUGAAAAUAGGUCAUGGAUCAAACUAUUGGACACUCCUGGUUAACAUAUUCUCUUGGUUACCAGAUUCCCAGGAAGUUCAGACAAUUUGGAGAGAACAGGGUGAUAUCAGCAAAAGAAUACAAACCUGGGUAUUCAGAUUUCCUUAGAUAAAACACCACAGGCAGAAACAUCCCCAGACGACUUGGCCAAAAUAAUACAGAGAUAAUACAGGACUGACUGCAGCUGAGUCAAUGUUAACGGAUCUUAACUACCAAACUCUGUUAGCUGUUAUUAAUGACUAUGAGCCAAUCAAGUAAUUUAGUAUCUUUCUGCUACCAUUACCCUGGAGGAAGUGUGUGUACUGUCCCGAGUAAGCUUAACAGCACCAUCAUCUUGGAACUGUUUGAAAAAAGUUUGUCAAUACCUAUAUUCCAUAUCACUGGGAUGUGUAUGGGAUGUCUGUCUCUGUAAAUACCGUGUUCUGAUUUGGGUAGGCCCAUAGAGAUUACAUUAUUUGAAUUUCAAAAUGUUAACUGUCACUUCUUUCAGUGAUAUUGUGUUUCAUGCAUUGUAACUCAAGCCUUGUAAUAGCUCUUCCAGUAGAAUGCCAAACUAAACCUUGGGGUAAACGAUACAGUUACCUGUAUGAUCACGUUAACCUCCUUAGAUGACCUGGAUGUGUCACCUGUGGAUGUGUGAUGGACCUCUGAAAGUGAAUUAUGAUGGAAGACAGAGAGAGAAUGGAGAAGUUUCACUGGAUCACUCUUAGUAGACCAUGUUGCAUCAACAGUCAGUUAAAUGUUUAUCAUCACAUACACCAUGACUAUACAUAAAUAAUAAUGUACAGCAAUUUAUCUCCUCAUUAUGAAAUACUAGUUAUUCCUUGAAAAGGAAAAGACAGGGAGAUGGGUGAAAUUGAAAUGUGACAUAAAUGCUUUAAAUAGGAUGGGUCUUUGGAUGUGAUGUGGGUAAGUGGUAAGUGUUUGUGGACAGUGGUGCACAUACCUUUGGACAGGUGUCUUUUCUGGGUCAUUUUGAAUGUUGGGUUCUUCAUAGCGACAUAGAAUUUUAAAACUUCUUCCAAUGACCAGUUUCUCAGUAUUGCGUGGAUUAUUUUCUCAGCACAAAUGCAUUUAACAAAGAUGCAUUUAUUCAAAUGAGUAUAUUUGUUACCGUGCACAUCACAUGGUGUACUAUAUAUACUUUUGUGUUUCCAAGCUAUGACUUCCAGCAAGCAUGGAGGUUCCAUGAUCUCUGUUCAGGGCUCUGUGGGGGAUAAUAACAGCUCACAUUCAGUGUAAUAUCAGAACAAAUAUCUGUUUGUCUGUAGUUUGAUACCUUUGGAAAAUAAAGAAUAUUUGGUAUACAUGCUGGAUUUUGUGUUUGUUACAUUGGAAUGGAUUUGUU